CAGGAAACCAGCGGGAGUGAGAGAUGUGACAAUCACAAAGACAGAAACACACAUGAGCAAAAUGAUUACCCCAUCCUUUAAGAGAUGAUGGAUCGCAGCAGUUGGGGAAGAUCGUGGGGGCUGGAAGACAGAAGCAAAUCCUGUACCGUUUUAGCAGAUGAUGGGGGAAAAGUUCCUGUGCCUCCUUCUAUUGUGUGGCAUCCAUGCCCACUAUUCAGAAGCUGCAAUCCGACUUGUUGGAGGUCGUAACCGAUGCCAGGGGCGAGUUGAGGUUUUGCACGGUAAUCGCUGGGGCACCGUGUGUGAUGAUGGCUGGGACCUGAAUGAUGCCAACGUGGUGUGCAGAAUGAUGGGCUGUGGCACUGCCACCCAGGCGGUCUCCAGGGCUCGCUUAGGGCGUGGCACAGGCCAGAUCUGGUUGGAUGAUGUGGCCUGCACUGGACGAGAGACCUCAUUGGCUAGCUGCCGUCACAGUGGAUACGGUCGCCAUAACUGCAAUCAUGGAGAAGAUGCUGGGGUGGUGUGCAGACGAUCCUCAAAAAGGAUGAGGCUUGUUGGAGGUCGUUCCCGCUGCCAGGGGCGAGUUGAGAUCUUGUUCCGUAAUCGCUGGGGCACCGUGUGUGAUGAUGGCUGGGGCCUGAAUGAUGCCAAUGUGGUGUGCAGAAUCAUGCGCUGUGGCGCUGCCAUCCAGGCGGUCUCCGGUGCUCGAUUUGGGCGUGGCACAGGCCAGAUCUGGUUGGAUGAUGUGGCCUGCACUGGACGAGAGGCCGUAUUGGCUAGAUGCCGUCACCGUGGAUACGGUGUCCAUAACUGCAAUCAUGGAGAAGAUGCUGGGGUGGUGUGUAGAGAAGCUGCAAUCCGACUAGUCGGAGGUUGUAACCGAUGCCAGGGACGAGUUGAGGUGCUGCAUGGUGGCCGCUGGGGCACCGUGUGUGACGACAGCUGGGACAUGAACGAUGCCAACGUGGUUUGCAGGCAGCUGCGCUGUGGAUCAGCUAUCGCAGCCAACACUAAUGCCGGCUUUGGGCGUGGCACAGGCCAGAUCUGGUUGAAUGAUGUGGCCUGCACUGGACGAGAGACCUCAUUGGCUAGAUGCCGUCACCCUGGAUACGGUCGCCAUAACUGCCAGCAUAGCGAAGAUGCUGGGGUGGUGUGUAGAGUGAAAGUCCUCUCGGCUGAAGAGGUGCAGAAAUGA